GUGCAGUAUGCUCUGUCGAGUGGAGCGAAGCAGUCGUGUGUCGUCGCGAGCGUCAGUAGUGUAAUGGAGAAAGUGGACGUGAUGUGAGAGAUUCCGGAGACUCGCUCGCCGCUUUGGUAGAUUUUUAGGCCGGCUCGAAAUUAUGGAAGAGGUAUUUCAAAACGGGAAUUACCAGAGAGAAGCGAACGCGAACACGACCGCUAUGGAGACGCAGAAGGAGGAUUCGUUGCUUGAUCACAUGGAGAUCUCGAUAGUUGAGACUGAGAAACGGGCAAACGGGGCAUUGAAUUUGAGAGAGUUUUAUACAGUCUACCUCAUUGAGACUAAAGUUACUGAUCCAGAUUUCAAAGGUGCCCUCACCCAAGUGAGCUCUCUGUGGCGCAGAUACACCGAGUUUGAACUGCUUCGAACGUACCUAGAGAUUUCUUAUCCAUAUAUUGUACUGCCCCCGUUGCCAGAAAAGAAAGUUUUAUAUGCUUGGCAAAAAGUUACCACCGACACGUUCGACCCAGAUUUCGUUGACAGACGCAGAGUCGGUCUCGAGAAUUUUCUGUUGAGGGUGGCUUCGCACCCCAUCUUGUCCCGUGACGUGCACUUCAUGGGAUUUCUCCAGCAAAAGGACGGCUGGAGGGAAAGCAUUAAAGAGACUGGUUACUUGCAAUUGGUAGAAUCAAAAUUAAAAGCACUGAGCGUAGCUGUACGACUCAGGAAACCGGACAAACGAUUCGAAACAAUUAAAAAUUAUGGAAUUGAGCUUCAGAAUAAUUUGUGUAAUCUUCUUCGAGUGCGUGCGCGUCUCGUAGAGAAACAGCACAGUUUGUAUAAAUUGCACGCGAAUUAUGGUCGCGUGUUCAGCGAAUGGAGUGCCAUAGAGAGAGAAAUGGGUGACGGCCUGCAGAAAUCGGGUCACUAUCUGGAUUCGUUAGCAGCGACGAUAGACACGACUCUCGAAGAGGAAGAACUGAUAGCAGAUCAAUUGAAGGAAUGGUUGUUCGGUGCCUCCGCACUUCAAGCCGUCGUCAGGCGAAGAGAGGCACUGCAAUUGGCCAAAGAUGAGUCCCACGACGCUUUGACUGCUGCCCUCGAGCAAAAAGAAAAAGUCAUACAAGGUAAAUCCGGUUUGAUUUCACGAUUAUUCGUUUCCGUGGACACGGAAGAAGUCCGCGAAUUAAAAAUGCUGCAACUCGAACAGCGAAUCGCGCAACACGAAGAAACUGUCAAACGAGUGGACGAGGAUUUAAAGUCUUUCUCUAUUAAAGCAAUGAUAGACAUAGAAAGAUUUCAACAUCAGAAAGUGGUGGAUUUGAAGGAAGUGUUUGCAGCCUAUUGCAUCUUACAAUUUAAACUCGCGAAGAAGGGGCUGCAAGCUUGGCAACAUAUCAAAAGUUGUCUGGAGAGUAUGCCGUAAAAACUGUUCUUUUUCUUAUCGAAGCUGACACCGAACAAUAACUGUUCUCACAUCUCUCGUGCGAUAUACAUUCCUAUACAUAUUUGUAAGCUCACUCAUACUGUACGCUUAUUAUUACAUGAAUGUACAACAUUGUUUCUAUUAUUUAAUGUUAGAUUAGAUGAUAUUAUAUAUAUAUAUACGUAUUUA